AUGAUACUCCAGGUCUGUGCUGAGACUGAGAGGCGGUACCUGGCUUACUGCAGGACUCUGGAGACCUACAGGGACCAUGGCAGGCUCUGGAUGGAGAAGGUCCUCAGCCUCAUUCCUCCUGACCUGAUAACCACUCUGAACAAUCUCCUGGGAGUGCUGACGUUUGUCCGCUCCAUCGGCCUCAUCAUGACUGGGGACGAUGUUGACUUUAACCAUCUGGAGGACCUGCUGGUCCACAUGAGUCCCACACACUCCCAGGUUUCCCUGAAGCCUCCUGUGUCUUCACCUCUGGACUCCAGAUUUGUUUCCCAGUCAGAGAGUGGUGUCUCUCUGCAGUCAGAGGUUUUUGUACAGCGGCUCAAUGAGUUUGUAUCACUGUGGUUCACGUUCGGUGGAGGAACCAGACUGGAUGUUGGAAGUGAUACCCGGCCCACCCUGACGGUGCUGCCCCCCUCCAGAGAGGAGCUGCAGCAGGGGACGGCCACGCUCAUGUGCCUGGCCAACAAGGGCUUCCCCUCAGACUGGAGUCUGAGCUGGAGGGUGGAGGACAGCAGCAGCAGCAGCAGCAGCAGCUGGGAGCAGAGCAGCAGCCCCGGGGUGCUGCAGAAGCUGGACGGCCUCUACAGCUGGAGCAGCACCCUGAGGCUCCCUGCAGACCAGUGGAGGAAGGUGGGCUCUGUGACCUGUGAGGCCACCCGGGGCUCCCAGACUCCCCUCAGAGAGACACUGAGGAGAGACCAGUGUUCCCAGUCCUGACCGGACUCACUGGGACUCUCUCACUCAUCUCACCUCUGUCACUCUCUCUCUCUCCCUUUUUCUAUCUUCACACCAAACUGACUUCAGCAAUAUUCCUCUUCUGCCUGCUGAUUUUCUUCAAGCUUUGACAAAAUAAACAUUGUUUUCACAUCA